AUGUACUUUUUGGUUAAACUAAUCGCUCAAAUAGUGAUGAAAACUUUUUUUAAGAACGUUACUGUCUUAGGAAAGGAAAGGAUACCACUAUAUGGUCCUGUUAUAUUUGUUGGUAAUCAUAUGAAUCAAUUUGUCGAUGCUGCAAUGUUGAUUGCAAUCUUUCCACGUCAUAUUAGAUUCUUGAUUGCUGAUAUUUCUACGAAGAGACCUAUAAUUGGAAGAUUUGCUCAAUCAGCAGGCUGUAUAACUGUUCAGAGACCACAAGAUUUACGCUAUCGUGGUAUUGGUGGUUUGUAUUGGGAUUCAAUAUCAGAUAAAAGGAUAAGAGGGGUGAAUACAAGAUUGAAAUUAGAUGUCAAAGUACAUGAUCUUAUUUCUUUCCAAAAUACAAAGAUAUGUAGGAAAGUUGUCGAUGUAAUUUCUGAUAAUGAACUAUUAAUUGAUACUGAGAUAGGUAUCGAAUUUUCUAGUGAUAGAUCUGAGGGAUACCCAUUCGUAGUUAUACCAAAAAUUGACCAAAGUUCUGUAUAUGAGGCAGUGUCUGAUGUAAUGAGGGGUGGUCAUGCUAUUGGGAUUUUUCCAGAGGGUGGAUCACAUGAUAGAACUACUUUGUUGCCACUUAAACCAGGUGUAGCAGUUAUGGCAUUAACAUCUGUAUUAGAAGGUGCAGAAGAUCUCUUGAUAGUACCUGUGGGAUUAAAUUAUUAUGAACCAUACAAAGCACUGUCAAGCGCUGUUGUAGAGAUUGGACAACCAAUACCUGUAACAGUUGAGUUGGCCCAAGAAUAUGAAAAUAAUCCUAGUGAUGCUGUAAAAAAACUUUUAGAUACUGUUGAGAAGGGUAUGAAGUCAGUAUUUGUAUCAGCUAGGGAUUAUACAACGCUGACUUGCAUCAGACUAUGCGUUCAAUUAUAUGCGCCUGAUAGAACGACAUUAUCCCAAGAUAAUUAUUAUCACUUACAUCAAUUAUUUUCACAGUUUUUUUGGGUUUUAAGCGAUGACAUUGAGUUAGAAGAACUACGCAAAGGAUUAUGUGAAUAUGAAGAUAUGAUUAAUCAAUAUGGAGUACCAGAUAAUGAAGUUUGGCAACUAAGACAACCUGUAACAGCUGCAAUAACAUUAAUUAUUACGAAAUUUUUUUUGUUGAUUUUAGUUAUAAUAAUAGGUGGCUCAUUUUUCCCAUUAUGGGCACCAAUUAGAUAUAUUCCUGCACUUCUAGCUGAGAGGCAUAGAAAGAAAGCUUUAGCAGGUUCAGAUGUCAAAAUUAGAGGAACAGAUGUAUUGGCAUCUUAUAGAAUACUUGUAAUUAUAGCAUUACUACCAACUAUUACAUUAUGUUAUGCCAUAUUGUUUUCAAUAUUUUUUUUCUCCAAAUCAAGUUUAAUAUGGAAAAUUGUGUGUACCUCUUUCACAUGUACAUUAUUGCCUCCUCUAUUUUAUGCUUCAAGAAGAUCUUUUGAGAGAAUUUUACCUCUAGCAAGAAAUAUAAGGACAUUAUUUUAUGUUGUCCUUUCAAAUAUUAAUUAUCUGAGAGGAACUGAAAGAAACUUAUUACAUACUAGAAUAAAACUUCAACAAAAGAUUCGUGAAAUGGUAUAUACUAAAGGACCUCAAGUAUCUCCAACAUUUGUUGAUAAGUUUUCAACAGUUGUACCAUAUGCAGUGAUACAAUCAGAUAAUAAAAGAAUAGGCUCAUUACUGGGUGAAUACGUACCAGUACUGAUACGUGCAAAGUAUGAUGCAAGAGAGGAAAUCUUAUAA